AUGAGCGUCGUGCCAUUCAAGUCGCCAGCACUUUUCGCGCCGAGGUUAAGCUCGCAAACCACCGCAUCACAACGAUGUCGCUGCCCAGACACCAGAGUCAUUCGCAGGUGCCUGAUGAUGCUGCAGCGCGCUACUGCAGUCGAUCACCUCGAAGCGAGACCUACUGCAGACGUUGAGGAUCUCACACCGAACCCACACGCAGAGUUUGCGAACAAAGUCUUUGCAGGAUUUGAUGGCACACGCGGUUCUUUGCGCCUUGCUUGCCACAGCGAGGUGGUUCUCGUGGGCGGGGGCGGGAACGGGAGAACACUUCGACGACCGGUAAGGGCCUUCACUCGGGGAGUGGGCGGCCAAUCAGCGCGCGAUCGCAAAGCUUUUACAGAUUCUGCUGCGCGUGCCGGAUACGUCCUUGCUGGCCCUCAACGCUCUGCGAGAGUCGCUGCAAGGGCUGGAAACCUUCGCAUGGCGGUCAGCCUGGAGAUGACCACGUCAGUCAAAGCCCUUCCUUGCACUCGUGUAUGCGCACGCGAGCUGUUGCUGACCGGAUACGCUGGUUGUCACUGGGUCCACGUUGCCGGCGGGCCUACUACUGCAGAGACAUCACGGUAAGGGCCUUCUAGUCACCGGCAAAUCCACAAUUCCAACUCACCAAUCGCACACUGAGCGCAUGUUCUAGCGUCGACUGGAGGGUUGUCCUUUCCUCGGCGACGUUGGGGCUGCUGCGUAUUGUUGAGACGUAGUAGCCUAGCCAGCGCGUUGUAAGACCCUGGUGUACCUGAUGAACUGCUGGAGUACGUACUCUAUACUCUUGGUCGCAGCGCCGCAAUAGCAUUGUAAAUCUGCCGACAAAGCAGCGCUGGCAUGGCGGCAUCACGUCAAUCUUCAAGGGCGCAGUCGAUGAAAAUUGACGUGAUGCCGCCGAGGUUUGUCGGUCUGGCCAUCGGCUUCUCGAAAAGCAGCGCACUCCACGCAAUGGG